AUGAGAAUCAGUAGCCACUUCAGGAGGGAGCAUCAUGUCUACACGGUGGAGGCUUGCGAUAGGUCUUCUUUUCGAGUGUCGGAGCUUUGUAGAGUGAUGAAGAGCGUCCAAAUUCCGUUCGGGUAUAGCCGGUACCUUGCUGACGACGAGUUUGGCGUCGUGUUGACUUGGAAAACAGUGUUGGGAGGUGGAGUCAGAGGGCUUCCUAGCAAACAGCUUCGUGGGAAGUGCACUGUGUGA